GAGACGAACAAAAGUUGCCGGAUUGGGUAAAUCGAUCAGUUCCUCUGCGCGCCACCAUCAGCAGUGAAGAGGGCGGCGUCAGCGGCUGAGGAAACACAGGAAACGUGCAUCAGCGGGCAGAAAACGAGUAUCAGCGGUGCAGAGACCUGCAUCAGGCCGAACUUGUCUCUGUCAGUGUCGGGGGACAGCGCUCCGAACUUGCAGGCGACCGCUUUACGGCUGACUUGCGAAGACUCAGUGGGGCUGAAUCGGUGCUGUGGACAUUAAUAAUCCCUCCGCUAUGUCUUCACAUCUCGAAGUGAUCCCAGACGAGGAGGUCGGGCGUGAAAGGGAAUUAGAAGAGAACCUGGACUACGCAGAUCCCCUUCGACAUCUCAUGCAUGGCGCCGACGACUUCUCUGAUGAUGGCGAGGGGGACGACGGUCCUCACGCCGACGCCACCGUCCUCCCUGCGCAGCGCCCCUCGAUACUCGGCGACACAAUCACUCUGACUUUUCCCGACUCGGUCGCGCACGUCGGCGCAACGCCUGUAAACGUCCGCCUCAAGGUGGAUGCCUCCCCGGGCUGCGGCGGGAUGCACUGGCCCGCUGGGCAGACCCUCGGUAACUACCUCGCCUGGCGAGGCGCCUCUGCGCUCGCCGGCCGCACCAUUGUCGAGCUGGGCGCUGGCACCGGCCUCGUAGGCUUCGUUGCCGGCGCUCUCGGCGGCAACGUCCUCAUAACUGACCAGGCACCGCUCUUGCCGUUGAUGCGCGAAAACACGGCAUUGAAUGGGCUGGAGGACCGAGUGAAGGUGGCCGAGCUCAACUGGGGCGAACCGUUACCGGAGGAGCUGCAGGAGAAAGUCGAUAUGGUGUUGGCGGCAGACUGCGUGUACUUCGAGCCGGCAUUCCCGUUGCUGGUGCAAACACUGUUCGACUUGGUGCAUGAGGACACGGAGGUGCUGUUCUGUUACAAGAAGCGGCGAAAGGCCGACAAGCGAUUCUUCAACCUGCUGAAGAAACACUUCACUUGGUCAGAGGUCACGGACGACCCGGCGCGGCCAAUCUAUAACAAGGAUGCAAUAUCGUUGUUUCGGCUACACCGAAGACAUUGACGCCGACAGAAUUCGACGCCGAAGGUUGGUUGCGACACCGUGGGGUGAUGAGAGGGUUCGGAGACCGCGAUGGGAUUGUAUGGAGGCCUACCACGAUAGAAUCACGGGUAGAGCUUGGUGGCGCAUCACUCAGCAUAUAAGGCCAUGCAGAAGUCGUUAUAAAUAUGCAGGUCGUACACAGCCCAAACGCUAUAUAGUGCGCUUAACCUCGAAGAAUGACUGGGGGACGCGUUAAUCAACCCAACUGCGUGAGAAGGGAACGAGGGAAUGCGCACUUUUAGGUAGUACACCUGCCAUCCGACGACGGCGAACAAGACGACAGCCUGAAUGAUAGACCA